AUGUUCUUCUCGCUAUAUCAGCUGUACUUUACCAGAGUUGCUAAUUCUGAAGUAACUCCAUAUCUAUCUAUCUAUCUAUCUAUCUAUCUAUCUAUCUAUCAGAGUUUUGAAAAUUUAAUCGCUGGAGUGACAGCAGCUGCAAUCAUAUCUAUCUAUCUAUCUAUCUAUCUAUCUCUGUUGAUUAUCUGUCUGUCUGUUUAUCUAUCUAUGCCAGUGCAAUAUCUAUCUAUCUAUCUAUCUAUCUAUCUAUCUAUCUAUCUAUCUAUCUAUCUAUCUAUCUAUCUAUCUAUCUCUUGCAAUAUCUAUCUAUCUAUCUAUCUAUCUAUCUAUCUAUCUAUCUAUCUAUCUAUCUAUCUAAAUCUGUUGAUUAUCUAUCUAUCUAUCUAUCUAUCUGUCUAUCUAUCUAUCUAUCUAUCUAUCUAUCUAUCUAUCUCUGUUGAUUAUCUUUCUGUCUGUCUGUCUGUCUGUCUAUCUCUCUCUCUCUCUCUCUCUCUCUCUCUAUCUAUCUAUCUAUCUCAGUUGAUUAUCUAUCUAUCUAUCUAUCUAUCUAUCUCUCUCUCUCUCUCUCUCUAUCUAUCUAUCUAUCUAUCUAUCUAUCUAUCUCAGUUGAUUAUAUGUCUGUCUGUCUGUCUAUGUAUCUAUCUAUCUAUUAAGCAAAUUUUGAGACUUCCGUUUGCUCGUCCGUCUCCCACUAAAAUAGCCAUACAUUGA